UCGCGGGCGCGCGCAGUGACAGCUGUCAUCGGGCGCGCGCGGCGGAGCGGGUGCACAACAGGAGCAACAACAUCAAAUAUCUUCGCUUACGUAUAAUGGCCGCUGGCUCGAGCUCCAUGAGGAUUCUCAUUAAAGGUGGGCGGGUCGUUAACGAUGAUGUCACUCAGGAGGCGGAUGUUUACAUCGAGAACGGGCUCAUCCAGCAGGUGGGGCGGGAUCUGAUGAUUCCGGGCGGAGCCAAAGUGAUUGACGCGUCCGGGAAGCUGGUGAUUCCAGGCGGCAUCGACUCCAGCGUUCACCUGCAGCAGACCUUCAUGAACGCAAACACACAGGACGACUUCUACAGCGGCACCAAGGCGGCGCUGUUGGGCGGCUCCACGAUGGUGAUCGCUCACGUUCUUCCCGAGAGAGGCGCGUCGCUGCUGGACGAGUUUGAGAAGAUGCGCGCUCACGCUGAUGCAGAAGCCUGCUGUGAUUACGCGCUGCACGUGGGCGUCACCUGGUGGGGACCGAAGGUGCGCAGGGAGAUGGAGGUGUUGGUGGGAGAGAGAGGUGUUAACUCCUUCCAGAUGUUCCUGGCGUAUAGAGAUGUGCUGAUGCUGAAGGACUCGGAGCUCUAUCAGGCGAUGCACAGCUGUAAAGAGAUCGGAGCCGUCGCUCGUGUCCACGCGGAGAACGGAGAACUGGUGCACGAGGGCGCUAAAGAGGCAUUGGAUCUGGGCAUCAGUGGUCCGGAGGGGAUGGAGAUCAGUCGACCAGAGGAGUUGGAGGCAGAGGCCACACACCGAGCCAUAACCAUCGCAAACAGGGCUCACUGUCCAGUGUACUUGGUGAAUGUCUCCAGUGUGUCUGCUGCUGAUGUCAUUGCUGCUGCUCGGAUGCAGGGGAAGGUGGUUCACGCCGAGACCACGCUGGCUCAUUCAGCGCUGAGCGGCAUGCAUUACUAUCAUCAGGACUGGGCUCAUGCCGCCGCCCACGUCAUAGCUCCGCCCCUCCGGCUCGACCCCAACACCCCCGACUGCCUCAUGGGCCUGCUGGGCAAUGACAUCAUCAGCGUGGUGGCGUCGGAUCACCGUGCGUUCAGCACCAAGCAGAAGGCGAUGGGGAAGGAAGACUUCACCAAGAUCCCUCACGGAGCGGCCGGCGUGGAGGACCGCAUGAGCGUCAUCUGGGAGAGAGGAGUGGUCGCUGGUAAGAUGGAUGAGAAUCGUUUUGUGGCCGUGACAAGCUCGAACGCAGCUAAGAUCUAUAAUCUGUAUCCGCGGAAGGGCCGCAUUGUCCCCGGAGCCGAUGCUGAUGUGGUGGUGUGGGACCCGGACGCCAGCCGGACGAUCUCGGCAAGCUCUCAGGUUCAGGGCGGAGACUUUAACCUGUACGAGGGCCAGCGCUGUCACGGCGUCCCGCUGGUGACCAUCAGCCGCGGUCGUGUGGUGUGUGAGAACGGCGUGUUCACCUGCGCUCAGGGCUCUGGGAGGUUCUACCCCAUGCGAUCCUUCCCAGAUUUCCUCUACAAGAAGAUGGUCCAGAGAGAGAAGACCCAGAAGCUUCGCGCUGUGGAUCGAGCGCCGUAUUCGGGCGACGUCGCCGCCGUGACCAACUCUAUCAGGAAGGAAUCCGCCGCUCCGGAGGGCGAUGUUCCCAUGCGGGCGUCCACACGUCACACAGGCGUACGAGACCUGCACGAGUCCAGCUUCAGCCUGUCAGGAGCUCAAGUGGACGAUCACAUUCCCAAGAGAUCCUCGGCCAGAAUUCUGGCUCCACCUGGUGGACGCUCCAGUGGCAUCUGGUAACCGUGGAAACCGCAGAACCGUCUCCACGGCGACCGCAUCAUGUCCCCCUGUGAUUGAAACUAUUAAAUGUUGAGCUGUAAUCGAAGAACUGGAGCGAAUCGCAGUCAGCGUCGCAUCCAAAGUGCCAAUCAAACUGUGCUGCAUUACCAUAAAACCACCCAGAAACCAUUAUACACUCGCAUCUCCUUCUCCCAAACUGUUUCGGGCCCUGUUGACUUCCAUAGUGUUUUAAGUGAAAAAUAUGUUACAUUAUGAAAACAUAACUGAAUGCAUUUUCUUCUUGGUUAUGUAAAUGUUAAAGAAAACGUUAGUAUAACAUUUUAUUAUAAGAUAUUUCAGACAUCAUGGUAAUGUUACUGUGGAGUGUUCCCUGAAGCAAGUAACAUUUAGAAAACAUUAGACGAACGCCCGACUAAAACGUUUCAGAAAAACAUCCCAUUAACAAUGUAUAAAUACAUAUUUUGAGAGCAUUAUUAAAGACCAGAUCAGUGAACAAACGGUCUAUUAAUGUUACUGGAGAGAAUGUAUUCAGGAUGUUUCUAUGGAAGUCAAUGGGUGCCGUCAACUGUUUGGUUCCUUGACAUUCUUCAAAAUAUGUUCAUUAGAAAAAAAAACACUCAUACUGGUUUUAAACGACAUGACGGAGAGUAAACGAUUUUAAUAUUUAAUUCUUCUCCAGAUCACUGUAAGUUAUAGUUCAUGAUUUCGCCAAAAGAGCUAAGUGUUAAAAGUGACUGCAUUAUUUAAGUAUAAAUGUUUUUUGAAUCUAGAAUAACGUUUUUUGUGCUGAGAAUCACGUCACAGAUCCAUCUGCCCUCAUUUAGAGAUGCAGCUCAGCCAAAGAUGAACAUUAGCUGAAAAUGUGCCCAUCCCAGAUCAGUUUGUGACGGCACCCAUUCACUGCAGAGCAUCCUUUGAUGAGACACUGAUGCAAUGCUACAUUUCUCCAGACCUGAUGAAGACACACACUCAUCCUGAUCUCUGAUGAAGUGAGGAUGAGCAGAUUAUCAGCACAUGUGGAUCUCUGUCUGAACUCUUUGACUCUCUCGUGCACACACUGAUGUUAGUGUUUGUGUUUACAGUGAUGAAUAGACUGUCUGUAUUUACACAUGAAUAUUUAUAGAGCUGUAUGUUGUUAGUUUUGAUGUAAUGAAGUAUCUAGAGCUUCAGUGAGUCUCUGGUUCUGCUCACAGUCUCAGAUUCGACCGGAUGAGGAUCUGUGAAACCAGACCCCGUCACAGAUUUAUAAAGCUCUUCCAUGUGUUGAUCAGUCUGUUAUUCGUGUGAUCAGUCGGAGCUAGGGCUCUUCUUAUUGGUGCUGUUUUUUAAAUUAAGAGUUUUCAUUGCUGAUCUCAGUGGAAAUGGUUUAGGUGUUUGUUUUUUUAUUUUUCUUGUCUUUUCAGAAAAAGCACUUUGUGAAGUGGUUUGUAAUUUCGUGGCAUGUGAUUUGUUCCUCACAGUCGGUGCUGAGAGUAAAGCUUGUUU